ACCUUCGAGGAGGUGGCUGUGUAUUUCUCCAGGGAAGAGUGGGCUCUGCUGGACCCUGCUCAGAGAGCCCUCUACAGAGACGUCAUGCAGGAGAACUAUGAGAUCCUCAGCAGAAAGAGAAAAAAUACAUGCAGUGAGUUUGGGGAAAACGUAUGUGAUUACUCCAUCCUUAUAAAGCAUCACAGAAUCCACACAGGGAAGAGGCCCUAUGAAUGCACUGAGUGUGGAAAAUGCUUCCCUAGCAGCUCAGCCCUUUCUCAACAUCAGAGAAUCCACACAGGGGAGAGGCCCUAUGAAUGCAGUGAGUGUGGAAAAUGCUUCACUGACAGCUCAUCCCUUUCUCGACAUCAGAGAAUCCACACAGGGGAGAGGCCCUAUGAAUGCAGUGAGUGUGGGAAAACCUUCAGUCGCAGUUCACACCUUAUUACGCAUCAGAGAAUCCACACAGGGCAGAGGCCCUAUGAAUGCAGUGAGUGUGGUAAAUGCUUCACUAGCAGCUCAGGCCUUUAUCAGCAUCAGAGAAUCCACACAGGGGAGAGGCCCUAUGAAUGCAGUGAGUGUGGUAAAUGCUUCACUAGCAGCUCAGGCCUUUAUCAACAUCAGAGAAUCCACACAGGGGAGAGGCCCUAUGCAUGCAGUGAGUGUGGAAAAUGCUUCACUGACAGCUCAGCCCUUUCUCAACAUCAGAGAAUCCACACAGGGGAGAGGCCUUAUGAAUGCAGUGAGUGUGGGAAAAACUUCACUAGCAGGUCAAACCUUCUUACCCAUCAGAAAAUCCACACAGGGGAGAGGCCCUAUGAAUGCAGUGAGUGUGGGAAAAACUUCACUAGCAGCUCAAACCUUCUUGCCCAUCAGAGAAUCCACACAGGGGAGAGGCCCUAUGAAUGCAGUGAGUGUGGAAAAUGCUUCACUGACAGCUCAUCCCUUUCUCAACAUCAGAGAAUCCACACAGGGGAGAGGCCUUAUGAAUGCAGUGAGUGUGGUAAAUGCUUCAAUAGCAGCUCAGGCCUUUAUCAACAUCAGAGAAUCCACACAGGGCAGAGGCCCUAUGAAUGCAGUGAGUGUGGAAAAUGCUUCACUGACAGCUCAGCCCUUUCUCAACAUCAGAGAAUCCACACAGGGGAGAGGCCUUAUGAAUGCAGUGAGUGUGGGAAAAACUUCACUAUCAGGUCAAACCUUCUUACCCAUCAGAAAAUCCACACAGGGGAGAGGCCCUAUGAAUGCAGUGAGUGUGGGAAAAACUUCACUAUCAGGUCAAACCUUCUUACCCAUCAGAGAAUCCACACAGGGGAGAGGCCCUAUGAAUGCAGUGAGUGUGGGAAAACCUUCAAUCGCAGUUCACACCUUAUUACGCAUCAGAGAAUCCACACAGGGAAGAGGCCCUAUGAAUGCAGUGAGUGUGGGAAAACCUUCAAUCGCAGCUCAAACCUUCUUACCCAUCAGAGAAUCCACACAGGGGAGAGGCCCUAUGAAUGCAGUGAGUGUGGAAAAUGCUUCACUCACAGAUCAUACCUUAUUAGGCAUCAGAGAAUCCACACAGGGGAGAGGCCCUAUGAAUGCAGUGAGUGUGGAAAAUGCUUCACUGACAGCUCAGCCCUUUCUCAACAUCAGAGAAUCCACACAGGGGAGAGGCCCUAUGACUGCAGUGAAUGUGGGGGAAAAUUCAGUCGCAGCUCAGACCUUAUUACACAUCAGAGAAUCCACACAGGGGAGAGGCCCUAUGAAUGCAGUGAGUGUGGAAAAUGCUUCACUAACAGCUCAGCCCUUUCUCAACAUCAGAGAAUCCACACAGGGCAGAGGCCCUAUGAAUGCAGUGAGUGUGGGAAAACCUUUAUUACCAGCUCACACCUUAUUAGGCAUCAGAGAAUCCACACAGGGAAGAGGCCCUAUGAAUGCAGUGAGUGCGGGAAAACCUUCUGUGGGCACUCCAUCCUUAUAAAGCAUCACAGAAUCCACACAGGGAAGAGGCCCUAUGAAUGCACUGAGUGUGGAAAAUGCUUCCCUAGCAGCUCAGCCCUUUCUCAACAUCAGAGAAUCCACACAGGGGAGAGGCCCUAUGAAUGCAGUGAGUGUGGGAAAAGCUUCACUAGCAGUUCACACCUUUCUAAACAUCAGAGAAUCCACAUAGGGGAGAGGCCCUAUGAAUGCAGUGAGUGUGGAAAAUGCUUCACUAGGAGCUCAGACCUUUCUCAACAUCAGAGAAUCCACACAGGGGAGAGGCCCUAUGAAUGCAGUGAGUGUGGUAAAUGCUUCACUCACAGCUCAGUCCUUAUUAGACACCAGAGAAUCCACACAGGGAAGAGGCCCUAUGAAUGCAGUGAGUGUGGCAAAAACUUCACUAGCAUCUCAAACCUUCUUACCCAUCAGAGAAUCCACACAGGGGAGAGGCCCUAUGAAUGCAGUGAGUGUGGAAAAUGCUUCACUAGGAGCUCAGACCUUUCUCAACAUCAGAGAAUCCACACAGGGGAGAGGCCCUAUGAAUGCAGUGAGUGUGGGAAAACCUUCAGUCGCAGUUCACACCUUAUUACGCAUCAGAGAAUCCACACAGGGAAGAGGCCCUAUGAAUGCAGUGAGUGUGGAAAAUGCUUCACUAGGAGCUCAGACCUUAUUAGACAUCAGAGAAUCCACACAGGGAAGAGGCCCUAUGAAUGCAGUGAGUGUGGAAAAUGCUUCACUAGGAGCUCAGACCUUCUUACCCAUCAGAGAAUCCACACAGGGGAGAGGCCCUAUGAAUGCAGUGAGUGUGGAAAAUGCUUCACUAGGAGCUCAGACCUUAUUAAACAUCAGAGAAUCCACACAGGGGAGAGGCCCUAUGAAUGCAGUGAGUGUGGGAAAACCUUCAAUUGCAACUCAGACCUUAUUAGGCAUCAGAGAAUCCACAUGGGGAAGAGGCCCUAUGAAUGCAGUGAGUGCGGGAAAACCUUCUCCUCACGCUCUCACCUUAUCACACAUCAGAGAAUCCACACAGGGGAGACGCCCUACACGUGCUCUGAGUGCGGGAAAAGCUUCAUUCAGCGCUCACACCUUAUUACACAUCAGAGAAUCCACACAGGGGAGAUGCCCUAUACGUGCUCUGAGUGCGGGAAAAGCUUCAUUCAGCGCUCUACCCUUAUCGCACAUCAGAGAAUCCACACAGGAGAUGCCUAUACGUGCUGUGUGUGCGGGACAAGCUUCGUGCGGCGCUCUGACCUUAUCAGACAUGAGAGAAUCCACACAGGGGAGACGCCCUACACGUGCUCUGAGUGCGGGAAAAGUUUUGGGCGGAGCUCUCACCUUAUCAGACAUGAGAGAAUCCACACAGGAGAGAUGCCCUACACGUGCUCUGAGUGCGGGAAAAGCUUCGGGCAGAGCUCUCACCUUAUCAGACAUGAGAGAAUCCACACAGGGGAGACGCCCUACACGUGCUCUGAGUGCGGGAAAAGCUUCAGUCAGAGCUCUCACCUUAUCACACAUCAGAGAAUCCACACAGGGGAGACGCCCUACACGUGCUCUGAGUGCGGGAAAAGCUUCAUUCAGCGCUCACACCUUAUUACACAUCAGAGAAUCCACACAGGGGAGAUGCCCUAUACGUGCUCUGAGUGCGGGAAAAGCUUCAAUCAGCGCUCUACCCUUAUCGCACAUCAGAGAAUCCACACAGGGGAGAUGCCCUAUACGUGCUCUGAGUGCGGGAAAAGCUUCGUGCGGCGCUCUGACCUUAUCAGACAUGAGAGAAUCCACACAGGGGAGACGCCCUACACGUGCUCUGAGUGCGGGAAAAGUUUUGGGCGGAGCUCUCACCUUAUCAGACAUGAGAGAAUCCACACAGGAGAGAUGCCCUACACGUGCUCUGAGUGCGGGAAA